CGGGACUGGCGAUUUAUAUAAUGCGUUUGCCGGUUAAAAGCUCCGAACCGUUGCUCAACAUUUAACCGCAAAAACCCUAAUCGGCUGUUUCUUCUCUCUCUCUCUCUCUCUGCUUCUCAAGACCUAAAGCUUUGAAACAAUGACUUUCAAGCGCAGGAACGGCGGACGUAACAAGCACGGUCGUGGACACGUUAAGUUCAUCCGCUGCUCCAACUGCGGCAAGUGCUGCCCCAAGGACAAGGCGAUUAAGAGAUUUCUUGUGAGGAAUAUUGUUGAGCAGGCUGCUGUGAGGGAUGUCCAAGAAGCCUGUGUCUAUGAUCAAUACACUCUCCCAAAGCUUUAUGCCAAGAUGCAAUACUGUGUUUCCUGUGCUACUCACUCACAUGUUGUGAGAGUUCGAUCUCGUACUGACAGAAGGAAUCGGCAACCACCACAGCGCUUCCUCAGACGCAGGGAUGAUCAGCCAAAGCCAGGUCAGCCAGGUCAGCCAGGCCAAGCACCUCGUCCUGUUGGAGCGGGAAAUCCUGCUCGUGUGUAAGGUAAUCUUUUUAUGGCUUUUAUAAGCAAUUCGUAGGAAUUUUGUUAUAGUCACUCCAAACCAC